UACAGUUUAAAAGCCUGUCAUUCACGGAGUCUCGCCGGGCCAAUUACUCGUAUGAUGGCAGGGUUAGCUGCUCGGUUACUUUUUUAUCCCUCUCUCGCUUAUAAUAUUCUCAUGGAGAAAGUGACCGGGAGACGAUGGUAUGACAGGAUCGACGAGACAGUUAUUCUCGGAGCGCUGCCUUUCAAGAGUAUCACGAAAGAGCUGGUUCACAAUCAUAAUGUCAGAGGAGUAAUCACUUUGAAUGAAGCAUGGGAAAUUAAGAGCCUCUGCAAUUCAGAACAGGAGUGGAGGGAAGCUGGUGUGGAGUGGCUACAUCUGGCCACUGUGGAUUUCACUGGUGUUCCCAGCCUUGAGCAACUACACAGGGGUGUGUCAUUUGCCCUGAGACACAGAACCAGUGGAAGUAGUAUCUAUGUCCAUUGUAAAGCAGGACGGUCUCGGAGUGCCACUCUGGUUGCAGCAUAUUUAAUAAAGGUGCACUGCUGGACCCCUGAGGAGGCUCGCCAUUUUAUAGCUUCAGUACGUCCACAUAUUCUGAUCCGUCGAGGUCAGAUGGCAGUACUGCAUCAGUACCACCGUGAAGCUUGCCUUGAGGAUUCUUCCUGAGCAUUAAUGGGAAGUGAUAGGAGUUUCUUCCUGAAUUAGGAAGGAAGCAUGGAUUUUUUUAUAUUAAAAAUGAUAUGUGUUACACCUAUUUCAGGUGCUUGUAAAAGUAACACAAUGUUAAUAAUGGAGGGCUGCACUUGUUAUUAAGUGGUGUGAAGAUGUCUUCUCACUGUAGAAGACUUUGGUUUUGAAUAACCCUAUCAACCACUGCUGACAAUGUUCUCUCCACAUCUAUAUGUUUGUUUAUUUUUUUGUUUUUUUUAAAGUCCCAAAGACAUGAAUGUUAACUUGUGAUUCUAAGAUGACUUGAAUAUUCUGGUUAACAGCCUUGCACUUGGUAAACUAUGGUUCCUUGAGAUCAUAAAACUGAAUUAAGCAAGUUUUUAAGAAGUGGAAGGUGUGAACUUCAGGUUUGCUCAUAACAUACCAAGAAAGUCACAACAGCAUCUAUAAUGAAAACCUAUUUCUCCAACAAUAAGUUUACAUGUUUAGGACAUGAAGACUGAUAUUAUAAGACAUAUUCCGUAAGACAACAAAGCUGUAACUGCGCUGAGAUCUCCUAAAAGCAGUAUGCACCCUAUCUAGUUUCUGUGAGGUGGCUGUUCAGUUUACCCCCUUGAACACACUUUUCCACACUCCUCUUUUUGCCUCCCUCACUUGUCUGUUUUCAAAAUUUGCUUCACCUUUUGCUUGCUGUGCAAGAUAUUGUCUCCAGGAGAACAGGCUUCUUAAAUCUCAAUCAGUAAAGUACUUUCAGUUAAACCAGGGAAUGGCCCCUGUAAAAAUUAAGGGGCUAUACCUCCAGAGUUCCUCUAGUGGCCCCAGGUAUUCUUGCAAGCUCAUCAGCCCUUUUACUCUGUCGUCUUUGGAGAUGAACAAUACCUUACUCUGCAUUCCAUACUGUCCAUCCAUUAUUAUUUUUUUUUAAUUUCAUGCCAUAACGAUGGCCUCUUACCUUAAUAUUAUAAUUCCAAGUCGGACCUUGUCUAGUUCGACAGUGGAUGGGUAGACAGACUUGGUAGAUCUGUUUCACCCAAAUUAACAUAAAAUAACUUACUUGAUUCACUACACAGUACCUACGACGUGGAGUGUUUAUACUUUGUUCUAAAGUUCAGGAUCUGAUGUAUGAAAGAAUAGUUUAUUGUGGCAUAUAUUGAGACACAUAGUCAUGCAACAUGGUAACUGGGAGAAAACAUUUUGAUAUACUGAUAGAGAAAACCAUAGUCCAUCUUUACUGUAUACAAUAAAUUACUUUAUUUAUAGAUUGUUUCUAUUUAAAAGCGAGUUGGUUCUGCUUUAACUAGAAGGCAUUGUCUCAUCCGUUAACAGUCCUUUCAUACUUAAUUUAGAAUUUAGAGACCAACAUUCCCAGAGUAGUCCUGCUGGACUUGACUUAAAGGAAUGCAAUACCAUAUGCUCAGCCCUAUGUGAUUUGCAUUUCAGUUCCUGUUUAUGAUGUGUGUUUAUUUAACAAUAUUUUAGCAAAAGAUGUAUGUGUUUUCCAUGUUGUGAGCAAGUGAGUGGUUAACUGACAUGUGAAUUAUGCAAGAUUUUUUUUUUCCAUAGAUAUUUUGUAUAUUGUUUGCAUUUUCACCAUUGGCUUGUACUAUAUCAUCAUCUUUAUCUUUGCUCUCCUUGGGGAAAAAAAAGUUUUAUUGUAAUGUAAUCACUGAAAAUAGGGUAAAUGAUAAUUAACACAUGUACUUUUUUAGGUGGAGUAUUCCUUUUAAAUGUUUUGCAGCACAGUAAGUUACUGGUGGUCAACAAACAAAGACGGCAUAAUAAAAUAUUUUAAACCUUGAAAGAAGUAUAAUAGAUGUAACGUAAUUCAAAAUUUUAAGCUACUUGUUGUUGUUUGAAAUUAGGGGUGCCAACACUGAUGUGAUGAUAAAAAUGUAGGGAGCAAGGAAUGUAUACAUUGUAUUUUGCAAAUGCAGCUUGCUAGCUAAAAUGAAUAACAACAAUAUUGAAAGAGCUAUUAGAAAUGGUGAUUUUUAAAUCUGAUAAUAUAGCCAAAGGAAAACUGGACAGCAGUUGCGGUUUAAAAGAGAUCAUUUGCAUUUGUUUACUGUGAUGUAUGCUUAAGUUUUUAACAUGUGGCCGUUUUAUGCUAAAAACUUAAGCAUACAAGUCAGGCACCUCAUAUCUAAGAUGUCACUCUUGCACAGUUAUCAAAUGACAAAAUAAGCUGAAAUUCACAAAAAAACACAACCUAAAGAAAAUUUAAUUUUAUAUAUCAGAAUAUUUGAUCACAUAACAUGAUGUCUGAAAAAGGUGUGGUUGAAUUUAUUCAGCAUUUGGUUGACACAGAAUAUGUAGAGUGACACAUCCUUCGAUAAUUUCAUGGCAUAUGAAUGA